CGGCAAAAUUGAGAGGCAAAAUUGAGAGGAAAAUAAAUAAGAGCCAAGUGACGAAAACAUCCAGUUCUACACAACCGCAGUCGUGGAGGGAUACGAAGUUGUAACCCAGUCAGUGGAAACCAGCUGGAAAGCAGAAGAAAAUCUCGCAAAAGUGUACGGUUCAAGUACCGAAAGUUUCAAAAUAACAACCAACUUGAGUAGAGGAAGAAGCACAAGAAGAGCAAGAAGCUGCCCGAAAAAAGAGAACCAAUUCCACAACAUAAUUAAACAACAGUUAGACAGCGAAGAGAUUCAGACGCGAAUCAAGAAGAACGCUCGGGAGAAGAUCUAGAAGAGGGAGGAAAGCUGGAGCACACUUUUUUGGCCAGUCAAUCAACGCAACGCAACGCGGAGAAGGAGGUGAAAGCAAAGCAAAGAUUGACAACUCCAACCAACCAGUGCUGCCAUCCUGUGAAGAAUCAAACUCGCUAAUCAACCAGUGAAAGUCAACACUGUUCAGUUUUUGGUGUACUUAAAUCACCAAUUGAAGAAGAAGAAACGAGGGUUCUCACUAUUUUUCCAGUGUUCGAACCCCCGCUAGUCGACGUGCGCACACUUCGCCCAGGCACCUUUAGUUUGUAAUCUCAUCGAUAAUACUAGUAAGCUUACGUGUCAAGUAAAUCUUCACUACAGAGUUUAAGUGUAUUAUUGCUAAAGUGCUUACCGAUAAGGAGUAAAAAAUAAGUGAUAAGUGAAAUCAAGCAUCGUCAUAACCGAUGAAUCUCCAACACUGCGAAUAAUGAAAAAACAAGAAAAAGUGAACAUUUCUGUCGAAUUUCGAGAUCCAAGUGAAGAAGAAACACAACAAAACAUAAGUCCAGUGUCCCUUUUCGCCAUUAAUCGCAGGAAAAAAACGAAAAGCUUCCCAAGUGUAAAUAUAAUAAAAUAGAGGAAAAACAAACAAAUAUCGCAACAGAGUGAAGCUCCAGCAAAUAUUUAGCAAUCAAAUAGUUGGUAUCGUCAUCGUCGAAGAAAAAGAAGGAAGAAGAAGCACACCUCUCACAGUGAAAAACGGUGGAAAAAUAAGCAAAAACGAAAACCAAUCGAAAGCGAAGAAAAGUGUUCAAGUUUAUGAUUCGGCUGUCUGUCUGUCUGUAUAAGUGAGAGAGCGUUGUGUUAGUUUUGUUUUCCUGCACUGGAAAAGUGACCGAAUUUAUGUGUGGCACUUUUAUUGUGGAGCAGCUAUAUUUGAUGCGGCCGGAGGCGUAAUAAAUGGCCAAAUUUAGGAGGCCGUUUUAAUUAGUAUCUACGAAAAAAGGGAAAACCACUCACGACUGCUGUCUGUUUGGAAAAUACACUUGCCGGUGGUGGAAGAAAGUGGCAUUUAAAGUGGAACGUGACACGGUCGGGGGUUUUACUUUUAUUUUGGAGCUGAGCGGAAUUUUUCAAACGUUAUGUGAAGGCUGGUGGAAAGUUAAGAUAAUGAACCUCACCGCGAACCGUACUAGCUGGCGAUCCCGGACGGACUACUAAAGUACUCGUCGCCACGAUUAAGAACCAUGCUCCAACGGUUCAAGGAUCACAGCAAAUUCAAGAAAAAGAGAUCCACGAUGCAUCGGGGGUACACCAACAAAUGAAUCUCCCAGGGUAGAUUUUUCCGUUCUUUUCUGUAAAUCUCCCUGUUAUUUUUUCAUUUUGAUUCCCCUAUUUUUUCGAAAACAAAAAAACAAUCUCAAAAAAACCCCACUUUAAAUCAACUCCCGGAGCCCAGAAGGUCAUGUACCGUCUAAACAUCGUCAGCACAAACCCAACCGGAAGUGUCCAGCAACAGCAGCAGCAGCAAGGAAGUGUCCAAACGGUCCAAUCCGUAGUAACCGGUCAGCCCACGCAGCUGACCCUGGUCCAACAGCCGAUCCAGCACCAAACCACCGUCGGCGGAGCAGGAGCAAUCCAGAUCAUCGGGUUGACCUCGCUGAACGCCCUCACGAAUGCCACCACGAUCACUGGCCUUGCAGCCAGUUCCGGCAGUUCCGACCGGACCACGUCCCACUCAACGGCGGUGGUCACGGCCCAGAAGAUCCUGAAGGCGGCGGCCGCCAACAACAACAACAGCAUCAGCAUCGUCAAGAUCGGUGAUGAGAUCAUGCUGAAGGCGGUCAAGGUGGAACCGAUGCCGGUCACCGAUAGUGGAGGUGGGGGAAAGGGAGGAGGAGGAACGGGAGCGAUAAGUGCCACUACCAGCGGGGGAGUUACCGUUACUGCCAUACCGGUGCAGGCGGCGGCGGCCGCGGCUCCGGCAUCCAGCGGAGCGACCGGCACCGUCAACGGGAAUGUCAUCUACGGGGGGAAGCGACGGUUGGAGAGCAACAACGAGGAAUGGAUCUCGUCCCCUAGUCCGGGCAGCGUGCCGGGUUCGGCACCGCCCCUCAGUCCUUCCCCCGGAUCGCAGAGCCACACCUACACGACCACCAUGUCCCCGAUGUCCACCGGCAGCUACGACCCGUACAGUCCAAACGGCAAAAUGGGUCGCGAGGAUCUGUCCCCGUCGAGCAGCCUCAACGGGUACUCUGGCGAUGGGAACGACCCGAAGAAGCAGAAAAAGGGACCCACGCCCCGGCAGCAGGAGGAACUGUGUCUGGUGUGUGGGGACCGGGCGUCCGGCUACCACUACAAUGCGCUCACCUGCGAAGGAUGCAAAGGUUUCUUCCGGCGCAGCGUCACCAAGAACGCCGUCUACUGCUGCAAGUUUGGGCACGCGUGCGAGAUGGACAUGUACAUGCGGCGCAAGUGCCAGGAGUGCCGGCUGAAAAAGUGCCUCGCCGUCGGCAUGCGGCCCGAGUGCGUCGUGCCGGAGAACCAGUGCGCCAUCAAGCGGAAGGAGAAGAAGGCGCAGAAGGAGAAGGACAAGGUCCAGACGACCGCAACCGUCAGUACAACGAACAGCACCUACAAGUCGGAGAUUCUGCCGAUCUUGAUGAAAUGUGAUCCACCGCCGCACGCAGCGAUACCGUUACUGCCGGAAAAGCUGCUGAACGAGAAUAGGCUUAGAAACAUACCUCCGCUGACGGCGAACCAGAUGGCCGUCAUAUACAAGCUCAUCUGGUACCAGGACGGGUACGAGCAACCGUCGGAGGAAGAUCUCAAGAGGAUAAUGAUCGGCUCGCCGAACGAGGAGGAGGACCAGCAUGACGUGCACUUCCGGCACAUAACGGAAAUCACAAUCUUAACAGUACAACUAAUCGUGGAGUUCGCCAAGGGACUGCCAGCAUUUACCAAGAUUCCACAGGAGGACCAGAUCACGUUGCUGAAGGCCUGCUCGAGCGAGGUGAUGAUGCUGCGGAUGGCGCGCCGGUACGACGCCGCCACCGACUCGAUCCUGUUCGCGAACAACCGGUCGUACACGCGCGACUCGUACCGGAUGGCCGGCAUGGCGGACACCAUCGAGGACCUGCUGCACUUCUGUCGGCAGAUGUACUCGCUGACGGUGGACAACGUGGAGUACGCGCUGCUGACGGCGAUCGUGAUAUUCUCGGACCGGCCGGGGCUGGAGCAGGCGGAACUGGUGGAGCACAUCCAGAGCUACUACAUUGACACGUUGCGGAUCUAUAUUUUGAACAGGCAUGGGGGUGACCACAAGUGCAGCGUGAUAUUCGCGAAGCUGCUGUCGAUACUGACGGAGCUGCGGACGCUGGGCAAUCAGAACUCGGAGAUGUGCUUCUCGUUGAAGUUGAAGAAUCGGAAGUUGCCGCGGUUCUUGGAGGAGAUUUGGGACGUGCAGGACAUUCCGCCGUCGAUGCAGGCCCAGAUCGUGGCCCAGCAGCAGCAGGGUUCGGCGGGGGUGUUGCAACUGCCGGCGAUUCAGGCCGCGAACAAUAACGCGGCGGCGCUUAGUCAGAACAGUGGGAGUAGUGGGAGUAGUUUACACGGGCAGCAAAUGACGACGCCAAAUAACAACAGCAGCAGCAGUCAGCAGCAGCAAGUUCACGCCAACGGUAGUGGUGUAGUAGUGGUGGCAUGCUCGACCAGGUAUAGCUAGUGUAGGACACGGCUUUGUCGGCGUCGCUGCCGCAGUUGCUGGCGGCGGUGGCGCCCGGUGAGGUCGCGUCGACCGCAGCUUCCGCCGGGACGUAUUCCGCCGCGGACGAGCUCUUAUUUAUAGUAGAGAGUUAAGGCUCGAGACACGGACACGGACCUUCUUUGUUGCUUUUAUUUAUUGCCUACACACAAACACGUUUAUAUUAUUAUUUUUUUAUUUGGACUUGUUAUAUUCUUGCACCUUCCCGGAAGUGGGAAGCGCGAUGGGCUCGACGAACUGCUGGACGAGUAUCGGGCCCCGAACGAAGAACCAGUGCAAGAGCGACUGAAUUACGUUUUCGUCUCUAAUUGUUUCUCCUUUUCUUUUUAAGUUCCGAUUCUUCUUCCACUGACCUUUUUGUGAGGAAAGUAUUUCGUGACGGAAUCGGACCGCGAUCUGACGAAAUUUACACAACCACAAACAGACACAGAAAGUUGUAUUUAUACUAAAUAUGACUCAUGUGAAGCAUUCAGGAAAACAAACAAUAGACAUGUACUCUAAACUUAACUAAAGCGAAAAAAUCAAACCUGGCGAGCUGCGCGAGCUAGCGCGAAUUACAUCCCGAAACACACAUACACAUAAACAAAAAAAAGAGAACACACGUACAAGUGUAAGUUUACAACAAAAACCCUGUAGCUGGUAAGGAAAAGAGAUGAAAGAGGGAAAUCAGGAAGUGGGGGGAAAAAGGGGUACGGAGAACACACACACACCACGUGGUGCUCGAAACAAGAGACUACCAACAACAACAACAACAACAACAACAAUGCUGCCACACAAAAGAAAGAACGCCGUCUCCCAAGAAAAAACCUAAAAACGAAACACUAGCCACUACUACUACCACAGCGCACCUUUCUCUCGCGUGAGAGCGGCGCGUCUCGCGCCACCAAGAGACAGAGAGAGAGAAAGGUGUCGAGCCCAGUUUUUCCAGCCGUUUUCCCCCCGGCGCGCACGGGGUGUGUGUACGGAAAUCCCUCUUUCGUAUCGUUUGGCUGUGACUUGUUAAUAUUUUUAAGAUGAUACCUAUAUUAAUUUAGAGGACAAAACGCUGUAAUUAAAAGAGAGAAUAGAGAACAAGCAGGAUAGUGUUUAGUGAGAGAGAGCGCAAGCGAGAGAGAAAAAAGUGAGUGAGAGUGAGAGAGCAAGCAAACCACUCAAGUACACGAAACAAAAAUUGGAGCGAGAGAACAUAAGUUAUUAGUGCAUGCUGAGAAAGAGAGAGAGAGGAACAAGUGGAAAGCGAAACACUGCAAGAUGUACAUUUUUUAGGUUUUAAAAGUGAACUGUUGUGCUGAUGGCGGCACAAUGAAGCGACAAAAAAAAGUUAGAGGGAGGAACAAACUGGAAGAAAAUGAGGGACAAGCACAAAGCGAAAGAAAAAACGGCCACGUUUUUUCAGUGGUGCGAAAAAUUUAAACUUCUUUCCUCAGAGUUUCCUGACGAAAAAAAAAACUGGAAACCAACAAAGCAGAUCUCUUUAUAAAACACAAUCCACACUUUGUACUGCUGUGAGGUCGGGAUUUUUUUAAAACACACACUUUAUUUGUAAAUCCUUUAAAUUUUUUUCGCCUUUCCUACCGGUAGAUUCUAUUCAAGUACGCGCUCCUCGUGGGAGGGGUGAAAAAGAAACUUUUCUGUUGAUACAUUUAUAGUAGAAAAUAUAUAAACUAUUGAAUUCUAGCCCAGGUUGGCCGAAAGAUCUAUCCGAAGUGUUGCCAGAUUUGUGAAACUUUCUCAAGCGCGAAAAAAUCCCGAACCUAAACUUCUUUACAUUUUUUUUUGCAGGGUUGUUAACGAGCAACAUAAUUUAUUGUAGUAAUCAAUGGUGAUAAUUUUCAAACUGUUUAAAACCCUCUAACGCCCAUUGUUACUCCAGAGCAUUACUAAUUUUUGUCUUCAAAAUUAAAUUUCUCUGCAAUCAUGUAUUUUUUCAACCUAGUUCAAUCUGCAUCAGUUUAAAUAGAAUGUUAACUAAUGAACAUUAAAAUUUCAUCCAAUUUGGUUGAUCCAGGUACGAGUAAUGGUGAAAAACGUUAAAAAUCUCGAUUUUGCUUUGGACGUUAAACCCCUUCCCGUCCAGAGCAUUUUUUUUCUUUGAGCAAUUGACUAGGACACAAAAAUUAAUUUAAUUCAACGUAAUAGUUGAGCUUUAAACAAACUUUUACUAACUUUUAAUGCAUUUUGUUUUGAAUUUUGCAGUAGCAGUUUUUAUGCAUCUUGCAAAAUAAAAUAUAAAUCUUGAAAAUAUAUUUUUCAAAUAAUUUUUAAUGCAUUAAAAAAGUUAAAAAAAAAUCUAUUAAUAUUGAAAAUGUUUAUUUAUUAUAAAUUCGACAAUUUAGGGUGCUCUUUUUGAUAUUAUCCUGUAAUGCUUAUUAAAAUUUUAUUUAAAGUAUCUUAGAAAUAAUGAAUUUUGGGACCACAGAUCAGAAAAUGAUUUUUAACAUUAAUGGAACGCUUAUUUUCACGAUAAAAAGAUAAUUCGAAUAUUUUGGGGCAUUUUGUAAUAACUAAGUUAUGAUUUAAAAUUCGAAUAUAUUUACAUUUUUGUUCCACAUUUAAACAUCUAUUUUCAAAAUUUUGAUGUUUUUUUAAUUGUUAACGGUUAAUAUUAAUUAUUAAACAUGUUUAUUUCUGUUCAAACAUGUUUUUCAAAAUAUUUCAUAUUUUUGUGGAAUUAAAAGAAUAGUUUUAAAUGUGCUUUUUACCGGAUUCUAACAGAGUUCUAACAGAAAGAUAAUUUCACAAAAAAAAAUUUAUGUAAGCAUAUUUUUUCAGAAUCAACAUUCCAAGUCUGAUAAGAAUAUAUUUCUAAUAAUUUCGUAGCCGGCCAACGCAUUUUGAUUUUUUUAACAAUACUAAUACGUUUUUUUCAGUCAUUGAAACAUUUUGCUGAAGAUAUAUUUGACAAAAAAAUAUUUAUUUCCAUUUUUUCAAAUUUCCUUUCAUACCUGAAAUUUUUUUAUUUUUUCAAAGAAAUCAAAACAAAUGAAAUACAAAAAUCAAUCCUGAUUGAAAGAGCUUUGUAUGGACUUUUUGCUGCUAAAUUUCUUUUUACACUUGGAAAAGUUCUGUUUUGACAGAAGCCAAAAACCAGAGAAAUGAUUCUUCGCAAAAAUGUUGAAAAAUGUCAUAUCUUUAAAGUUUCACUUUAAUUUGAAUGAUAGUUGCAAUCCAACAGUCGAUAUUUAAAUGUAAAAAAAGUUAAAAAGUUUAAAAUUUUAAUUUGCCAGCCAUGUUUUCACCAUUUGAAUGAAAAAAGUGUUUAAAAAUGAAUUAUACACCUGUCCAGUUGUUUUGCAAUUAUUGGUUUCCAAAAUUUGAUUUGACUUCCUUUUUCGUUAAAAGCAAAAACAAGAUUUGAUAAACAUACUCCUAAAAUAAUUACCAAAAAAAUUAUAUUACAAGUCUUUUAAAAAUCAGACUAAGAAGAAAACAAUCAACAAAAAUGUGGAAAUAAAUGUUUUCCACAAUGUUUUUGCUCUGAAUGUUUUUUCAAAUUCAGCAAAAACAUUGUCUGGUUCAGAUUGUCUUUUUUAUAAUUUCAUAGCCAGCCUUCGAAUAUUGAACAGUUAUGUUAGAUUUUUAACAAACAUUUUAGUUUUUGGCUGAAUUGAAUUUAAAGUUUUCUUAAAUUUUAUAUUAAUUGUAAUUUUCAAUAAAUUUUGAAAAAAAAUGUUUAAAUAUCGAUUGCACAUGUAUUUAAAGAUAUUGAUAAACGGUCAAUUAUACUUUUUUAUUUAAUUUUGUUAGAAAAUGUUGGAAGAGGAUUGUUCGAAUUCCUUUUUUAUUUAUUGAGCAAAUUGAAGCAAAAUUAAAAAUGAUCACCAUUGAUUUCAUCGCUCAACAACCCUGCACCAAAAGCUCUUAAUUUCAAAAAAAAAAUCGCGCGAUUUAUAAAUUUUCCAACCCAGAGUGUCACGCUCAAGCACCUCCUCCGCUGCCCCCCUCUGCACUUCCUGUAAAGUUGUACAUAGUAAUUGUUUUAGUUUAUUUUUUGUAUAGGUUGAGAAGAGAAGCCGCUAGAAUUCCACAAAAAUAAGCACAGACACACUUAAGAGAAAAGAAAAAAAAAGUUUAAUCGAAGAAACAACCCACGCUCCUCUCAAAACAUUGUGCACUUGUGAGAAAAGUUUUUUUUUCACGACGCUGCUGAAACCCUCUUUUUUCUUCGAACAUCUAUGUUGAAUUUAGUAAGCGACAAACAGAAGAAAAUAGUUUUGUGACCUAUUUUGGCUCUGUUUUCCGCCCCAGCACCUAGCGAAAGAUUAACUGAGUUUAGUGUAAAUUUAUUUCCCCACCUCUUCCCUAUAAAUCCUUCCCUGCCCUCCCUUCGUAGCUAAUGAUGUAAAAAUUCGUCUCUGUUUGUUUUUUAGCCAACUUUUAGCAAAAUCCCCUCACACUUGAAGAAAAGUUGACAACGCUAAAUCGCUCUGGUGUAAAUUUUCUUUUUAGAAAAGAAAGUCGAAGAAACUCUUUAAAUAUAUGUGCUGCAUCAAGUGUGAUUGAGACCAGUGUGAGCGCGAAAAAAAAACAUUGAUUGUGCGAGAGUGCCGAGCAAGCAAUAUCUUAUUUUUUAAAUUAAAAAAGAAGAAAAAUCAACCUAACCUAGCAAGCGAGAACAAGAGAGAGAGAGAGCGAGUGCGAAUAAAUGCGUGAGCGAGAGAAAAGUCGAAAAAGCGCAAAAAACUGCCACAAUUUCACAAUCAAGAUAGAGAGAGAAAAAAGGGCACCGAGAAAGAGCAAAACGAGAGAGAACGGUUACGCAUUGUGAGCCCGUGCUCUCGGAGAGCGACAAACCUCCACGUGAGAGGGAAUGUUAUCUUGUGACGUCAUAGAAAGUGAGAGAACGCGAGAUCUGUGUGUUGGUGAGGGAUGAACAAAUCGAAGCAAGCGGGUUGUUUUAACUUAACCCGACAUUUUAGGACAAUUUUUUGGCCGUUUAUUUACCUUAUAUUUGGUCUGCAAUCGGAAGAGGGUAGAACAGGCACGUAUCAAAAUUUUUUAGUCAAUUUUUUAGCGAACCUUUUUUUCGAAUAUUUUCUACACAUCAGUCGAAACAGGUGGGAUUUUCAAGCCAAGUGAACAAUACAAGCAGAAUUAGUCAAUUAGAAAUGGUUUGUUUCAUCAGAAUAAGCAAACAGAAAACAAAUCAGGACAAACCACAACCACACAAAAGAAAUGGGAUCAGUUUCAACGGUAGGAUUUACUUCUCUUAGCAAGACAGGAGAAAAAAAAGCAGCUGAAAAUGAGCGCGAGCGAAAGCAGGAAAAAUGGGAAAAAUCGGUUUUUGAUGAAUAAUGAAAAUAUAUUUCGGAAACGGAGGUGCCUUCAGUAAAGAGUAAAACCACAAAACAAAACAAACACACAACCACACACUCAUACAAACACGUGCAAACGAGACAAAACAAAGGCGAAGAGAGGAAAAAGUCAGACAGGAAAGAGAGAGUAAAAACAAAGAAACUGAUUUUUUUAUAAGAAACGAAUACAACACAAAAAGACAGAAAAAAGUGCAGUUGUUAUAUUGUAGUGCAAACAAACCCGCAAAAGAAAAAGAAAACAAGAGAGUAGUAAAUCCCAAAAACAAAAAGUGUUUAGAAAGGUUAAGCAAACGACUGAAAACAGAAAAAAACAACAACACACACACAGAUAUCGUCGAGGAGGAAAAAAAGAGUUAAACAACAAGAGCGUUGCUAAAGCAAGAUCACGAGUAGUUGAGAGCAUGGUGAGAUAGGACAACAAACAAACAAAAAAAUGCAAUGGGUGGUGAAAUCGAAGUUGAAAACAAGCACAAUUUCACGCCACCACCAAUCGCAGCAGGCGCAGGAUGCAAAUGUGAGUAAAGCGAAAAAUUCGAUUAAGAAAGAACUGGGAUAUGUGCAAAAUAAGAAAUUUUCUCAAAUACUAUUAAUAUUUGUAUUAGUUACUAUUAUUAUUGCUAUAUUAUUUUAUUUUAUUUUUUGUAAUAAAAUAUUUUUAACAAUUUCAA